AUGAAGCGUGUUACACAUGGAAGAGACGAAAGAGGAGUGAGACUUCGAGAAGAACGAUUUAUGCCUAACCCUUUGUCACUCUCUCGACCUUUCACCGAAGGGGGAGACUGGGAGGUGAAUUUUAUUCGUGCUGUGGAAGAUUAUUUCAGUAUUGUACCUGCUGAUGAUCAUCAUAUAUUGGUGGAGAAAGCAGCGGAAGGACUGAUUUCAGAAGGAAAAAAGGUGGGUAAACAACGAGAAGCAGAGUGGAUGGCCCAGGAACUGCUCAAUGUAAAAGACAAAAAGAAAGAAGAAGUGUAUCCGGUAUGCGUUCGUCUCUAUACGAUGGAAAGUUUUCUCUACAAGAAAAUGAAUGAAACCAUGCGUUCUGUGGGCGAUGAGAAACAUAUUGACUUCUUGCAAAGCAAAGUACCGACCUUUGGCCCUUUUGCUUAUCUUCUUUACAAACUCUUAGUAUAUGACAAAAAAUGGUGGACUGUCUAUCGCGGCGCUCAACUGUCCGAUGAUAUGAUUGAACAAUACAAAGACUCUAUUGGAAAAUACCGAGCAUUUCCAGCUUUCACUUCAACAAGUCGUUCUCGUGCUAAAGCUGAACAAUUUGGUAAUGUCCUUUUUGAAAUUCAAGCUCGUAAUGUGGGCGCCGAUGUAUCGUCAUACUCAGUCUAUCCUAAUGAAGAAGAAGUACUACUGCCUCCAUAUUUCAACUUCUGCGUUCGAUCAUGUUCGCUGUUGUUCGACAGAAACAAAAGACAAAAUAAGUGGAUAAUAUGCUUGGAUUAA